CAGAAGCUGGCCGUCGCGUAUAGUUCCUAGCACUCGUCUUUAAUGUUUACAGACGUCAUCAGGCAUUAGGAAAUGCUUUUCACAAUUCUCCUCUUCAUCCUUGUUCAACAAACAGGAGGCAGUAAGGAUGCUGGAGAAUGUAAAGAAAUAUUGCAAGGAUUUUUGAGCGGACAAUUGUCGUCUGCUCUCCAGAUGUUUCACGUAAAAGCAUUACGGCGGGAAUUUAAAAGUUUCAAAAAAUCAUUGCAAAACACAUUGAAGGAAAUAGAAACAAAAAAUAAACUGUAUACCGACAAAUCAAUAGGAAUCUUGAAAGAGCAGGUCAUUACAAAUAGCGGGAAUGGGAGUUCUGUAUACAUUCGUUGGGGAAAAAAGACAUGUGCGCAAAACGCAGAACUUGUAUAUUCAGGUUACAUGGGCGGAUCCUACUACACCCACACAGGGGCCGCCGUGGAACCCCUGUGUCUACCGACAGAUCCACAGUGGGGUUAUUACAAAGAAGGAUUUGAUGGAUACAAACAGUAUAUUUAUGGGACUGAAUUUAGAACCUAUGAUUUCAAGAAGUCUCUCAACCUCCAUGAUGUACCGUGCUCUGUUUGUCGAAUUUACGGGAGAACAUCUGUUUUUAUGUUGCCAGCGAGGAAAACUUGCCACAAAGGCUGGAAUUUGGAAUACAGUGGAUACUUGAUGUCUGGUUAUCACGCUGCGAAGUCCGCUUCCAAAUUCACCUGUGUGGACGAGGACCCGGACUUCGUGACGGGGGGUAAAGCGGAGGGAUAUGGUUACAUGUUGUACAACGUGGAGGCGAGUUGUGGCUCCCUGAAAUGCCCUCCUUAUGUGGGAGGAAGAGAACUCACGUGCGCUGUUUGUUCUGCGCUGUAAUUAUCCGGCCACAGAUACAAUGCAGUUCCUGGGUUAUUAUAUGAAGACUACCAACACGGUAUCCUCAUGGGAUUAUAUUAAUCAUGUUAUUUUUUGCUUUACCGUUUGAUGUUUCAAUUAAAGUAGUCAUGCAAUUUGAA